AAGAUCGCAAGAUCGUGAACGCGUUCUUUCUCGAUCAACGAGCUUUCAAUCGAAUCGUUUUCGCAUCCGGAACUACUCUUCGUACGAAUCGCACAAUCCAUCGUUGUUUCGUGUUUUCGUGCCGCGGAAUAGAGGAAAGCACGAUCGAUGCAACAAUCGCACGUGGGAUCGGAAAUGUUCGUUAAAAGGGGCCGUUGUUUGUGUUCACAGUGAAUUUGUGCCACCACAAACGAAGGAGGAGGAGAAGUCGCCUUCGGAGCCAACCCUACCGCCAGUGCCUUACUUCAAACUCUUUCGAUUUGCAACAUGCGGGGAGUUGAUGCUGAUCUUGGGCGGACUGAUCAUGGGAACCUUGACGGGCCUGUGCAUCCCCAUCUCGACGAUUCAAUACGGUGAAUUCACCACGUUGCUCGUGGACCGAAACAUGAAGAAUCACACGAGCACGCCGACUCUCAUAAUGAAGUGGUUCGGUGGAGGAAAGGUCUUAGGAUCCAAUUCGACGUACGACGAAAGGAUGGAGGCGCUUUACGACGAUUCGGUCGCGUUCGGCGUUUCAUCCGCCGCUUUGUCCACCUUCCAAUUCGUGUUCGCCGUGUUCACGGUCGAUUUGUUGAACGUCGCGGCAUCCAGGCAAAUCGUCCGGGUGCGCAAGAUGUUCCUUCGCUCUGUCCUCAGACAGGACAUGACGUGGUACGACAUCAACACGUCGACCAACUUCGCCAGCAGGAUCACCGAGUGAGUGAUUUUCUUUGUCGUUUGCUGUUCAAAAUCAACCGUUCGUAUUCGCCAGAGCGGAAAUAAUCUUAGCCAUCUCGCACGCCUCGCGUUCUCCCACAGCGAUCGAAGGGGAGCGUGGUGGUUUCGAUC